CAUUAACGCUAUUGAUAUCAAUUCUUCAUUUCUUCGUAACCACUUAUCUAUCUCUCGAUCGUUUUAAGGGAACGGUAUGCCAACGAGACCUACCGGAUCGGUGUCGCAAGAUUGGGAGCCGGUGGUGCUCCAUAAAUCCAGACCGAAGUCACAGGUCCUUCGUGAUCCCAAGGCCGUGAACCAGGCCCUCCGGUCCGGCGCUCAAGUCCAGACGGUGAAGAAAUUCGACGGCGGAUCGAACAAAAAAGCACCGGCGACUGCGGUUUAUGCUAGAAAGCUUGAUGAGGCCGCCGAGCCAGCAGCACUUGACAGGGUGGCGCCGGAAGUGAGGCAGUUGAUUCAGAAGGCGAGGAUAGAUAAGAAGAUUAGCCAGGMUGAUCUCGCGAAGCAGAUCAACGAGAGGCCUCAGGUGGUUCAGGAGUACGAGAACGGGAAAGCGGUUCCAAAUCAGGCUGUUUUGGCUUAGAUGGAGAGAGUUCUUGGCGUAAAGCUUCGAGGAAAGAUUCACAAGUAAUUUUCAUUCUCCUACAUAAACGAAAUCUAGAUUCUAGUUUUCAAUGCUGUUGGUGCGGGUUUGGUUGGAGAUUUGUGGUAAAAUUGCUCAUUGGAAUCGUUUGUGUUGUAAAAAGUAACGUGAUCAAAUGAGCAAUUAUAUGUAUUAUAGAAAGCAAGGUGAUAUCCGAGAUUCGGCAAUAAUUUCCGUGCUC